AUGAACGUAAAGGGAGCGGAAAUUACAUGUCCAAGCGAAUGUACGUGCCGUACAGCAUUUGACCCUGAAUUGGGUCAUAUAUUACGUAUAGUGUGCUCAAAAGGAGGCAUGCACAGUAUACCUGUAGAAUUUUUUGAUCGUAAUGCUAAAGUAAUUGUUAUAUCGGCCCCAAAAGAUCAUCCAAACUAUCUUACUAUUGGCCCAAUAUUUACUCAACCGACUCCGUUCGUCAAUCUUCGAGAAUUGCACAUCGUUAACUCUAACGUACCUUCUAUUGGACAGUAUUCAUUUUGGGGUCUCCAGCAUUUAAGACUGAUUAACCUUACAUACAACAAUCUAACAAGCAUCGGAGCUGAUAACUUUAGAGGACUUAUUAAUCUUAUAGAACUAAAUCUAGACCAUAAUAAUAUAGAACAUAUGCCUAGUGAAACUUUCAGGCAUUUAACAGCACUUAAUAAGUUGAUUUUAUCAAAUAACCAAAUAUCUACUUUGGUGCCAAGACUUUUUCGGAUGUUAGCAAAAUUAACAUUUUUGGAUCUCAGUGAUAACCCUUUAGAAGAUUUGAAUCCAGAAGUAUUCAAGGAUAUACAGCGUUUAAGGGUAUUUAAGUGUAGACGAUGCCUUUUGAGAUUAAUCAAUACCCAAAUUUACCAUCUAGUUGCUCAUUUGGAGGAAUUGGAUUUGGGCGAAAACCAGUUUAAAUAUUUAACUUCUGAUGAAUUUAUCAGUCUAAAAAAACUUAAGAAAUUAAGAUUAGAUGGCAACCAACUCUCGGUAAUUGUAGACAAUAUGUUUGGAAGAAAUCGUGAACUACGACUAUUAACCCUGGCACAUAACCGAUUAGCAUUACUAGCACCUGCUGCUCUUACAAAUUUAAGUUCCCUUGUUCAUUUAGACAUAAGUCACAAUAAAAUAGAUAGAUUUCAUUUGCAGACAUUUGCACCAGUUGUAGAAACAUUGAAAACUAUUAAUUUCAGUGGUAACAAUCUACCAUUGAAAGAAAUCGCUAUUGUAUUACAGAUUUUGCCAGAAAUACAUAACGUUGGCUUAGCGAAUUUAUCUUUGGAAGAAAUUCCUCCAAAUUUUUUUAUUUAUAAUUAUCAUAUUGUUGGAUUAGAUCUAUCAUGGAAUAAACUUACAAAGUUUCCUUACAAGCUACUUACUAAAACGAAAUUCCUUCAACGUUUAGAUCUGUCGCGUAACAAAAUUCAAGGUUUAGAUGAAGAAGAUUUACAAAGACUUGAAGCAAUAGCUCAUGUGGAUUUAUCAAAAAAUAGUUGGCGUUGCGAUCAGUGCUCUGUUGGAACAAUGCUUGUAUUUAUGACAACCACUGUCCUUAAUAGCACCAUUCGACAACUUGUUUGUUAUUCGCCUUUAAGAUUGCGCGGAACGAAAUUUGCUAAUUUAACAUUCAAUGUGUUGGAUCCAUGUCCAAGUACAUACGAAGCACAGAUGAGCGUAAUUGCAGGACUAAUGCUUCUCUGCAUCGCAGUCUUGGCAGCGGCUGCAGCUGUAUUAUGUUGUUCAAGGCGUCGUGCUGCCCAUUACUAUACAAAUGAAGCAAAACGUAGAGAACGCGAACAUGAACAUCCAGAAGAAUUGAUAAGUCAUACUGAAGUUGGUAGCGUAGCCACAAUUCACGCCCCUUAUCAUAUGGUGCCUAAAAGCAGCUAA